AUAGCUUAUUAUUUUUAAAGACUUUUUGAAGAAAUUAUUAUUAUUAUAGAUGGACUAGGAACAUAUGAAUAGGGCUGAAUGGUAAUGUAAACAGAAGGGGUGGUAUCAUUUCAUGAAUACGAUGGAUGUAAGGAAUUUAGAGGAAGCAAGUCGACAAUUUAAUGAGGCAGCUUAAAUUUAUGCAUUAAUAGAUUAAUAUCGAAGUGCGCGUCGCUGGGAAAACAAGUGUUUAAACUUGGAGAGCAUUUGUUUACAUGUUAAUGGCUAAAAUAACAGUUGAAGAAAUCGAAUAAAGAUGAGUGAUCAUGAUGUUGAAGAAGAGGAAGAAUAUUCUGAUUCAGAUGAUACUGAAGAAGAAGUAGAACCAAAGCUUUGUUAUGAAAGAAUAGCAAAUGAUGUCCCUAAUAUUCUUCUUGGAAAGGAUGCUGCUAGCUGUAUUGCAGUUCAUACCAAAUUUUUAGCUUUGGGUACACAUCUUGGUGUUAUUCAUAUUCUUGACCAUCAAGGAAAUAGCAUAAGAAAUAAAGAACUUGAUUUGCAUAUUACAACUGUAAAUCAGAUCAGUAUUGAUGAGAAGGGAGAAUAUUUGGCAUCUUGUGCAUGUGAUGGAAAAGUUGCUAUUCAUGGAUUGUACUCUUCUGACCUCAAUGCACAUGUCUUUGUUCUCAGACCUGUCAGAUCUGUUGCUAUUGACCCUUAUUUUGCAAAAGGAAGUGCUCACCGUAGAUUUAUAGUUGGAGAAGAUAAGGUUGUUCUUUACGAGCGUCAAUUUUUGACUGGCUAUAAACCAAAUGUCUUAUAUCAAGGAGAAGGAGCAAUAAGAAAUAUAAAGUGGCGUGAUAGAUUUGUUGUUUGGGCCAGUGAUAAAACUGUUCGUGUAUAUGAUAUUAGCACAAGUAGAACAAUUACAGUAAUUCAGAGAGAUCAUGAUCCAUUGUUGAGGGGCGAUUUAUAUCGCUGCAAUUUGUUUUGGAAGGACAGCUCAACUCUCUUGAUUGGCUGGGCCAAUAGUGUUAAAGUAUGUCAAGUAGUGCCAUCAGAUGGACUCAAAAAUUCACUUGUGCCAUUGAAGGAGCAGUUGUCACCACCUCACUUCUAUGUCAAAAUCACUUCAAUAUUCAACACUGAUUUCUUUAUUUGUGGAAUAUCGUCAUUGGGUGCUGCAUUAGUUGUUCUCACUGUCUCUCAAACAAAUGAUGAUUCCCUCUGCGUAGGUUCCAGACCUCAGCUAAGAGUGAUUGAAGCUGAUGGCGAAAAAUACAACCUCAUACUAAGUGAUAUCCUCACUCUUAGAGGUUAUCAAGAGUAUAGAUGCAUUGAUUAUCAUUUAGAUAGUUUAGCUGAUGAAGGCUUGUAUUUUAUAUUGAGUUUAAAAGAUUUUGUUGUGGCAAAACCUAGGAAUGAUGAUGACCAUAUUGCUUGGCUUAUUGAGCAUGAAAAAUAUAAGGAAGCAGUGGAAGCUGUUGCUGAAAGCAAAGAACUGCGAAAAUAUAAUUUAAUUACCGUUGGCAACCUAUACUUGGAUCAUCUUUUAGAGCUUAAACAGUACAACGAUGCUGCUUCCUUGUGUUCAACUAUAUUUGGUGACAACAAAGAGGUGUGGGAAACUGCCGUGUAUCGUUUUGCAGAGAUUAAGCAAUUGAGAGCCAUUGCACCGUUCUUACCAACAGACCAAAAUUUAACUCCUGCCAUUUAUGAAAUGAUAUUAAAUGAGUUUUUGCAACAUGAUCAGAAAGGUUUCUUGGAUCUUGUACGAUCAUGGCCUUGUAACGUUUAUGAUGUCCCGACUAUUAUAAGUGUUGUAUUAGAACAAUUGGGCUUAUUUCCAGACUCAAAAGUACUUUUGGAAAGUUUGAGUGAGCUGCAUAUAUAUGAUAAAAAGUUUGACAAAGCUCUAAGUGUCUUAAUAGAAAUUAGAAGUAAAGACAGGGUGUUUGAACUGAUACAAAAUCACAAUUUAUUUGGAAGUAUUCACGACAAGCUAGAGACUUUAAUGGAUUUGAAUCCAACAAUUGCUACAACUAUGCUAUUAAACAAUGUGGACAAAAUCCCUGUUAAUCUGGUGGUAGCAAAAUUGAAAAACAAGAAACAGUUGCUAUAUGAGUAUCUACAUAAAGCCUUUUUGAAAGAUCCUACAUUAGGAGAAGAACAUCAUGGUUUACUUGUUGAAUUAUAUGCUGAAUAUGCUCCCGAGCAACUACUUUCAUUUCUCAGAACAUCUAACAGCUACUCCCUAGAAUUUGCUUUAGAUAUUUGCCAACAAAGAAGUUUGAUACAUGAAGUGGUUUUUCUAUUAGGUCGAAUGGGCAACACUAAGCAAGCUCUAGAGCAGAUCACAGAACAGCUUCAAGACAUUGAUCAAGCUAUUGAUUUUUGCAAGGAGCAUGAUGACAAAGAGCUUUGGGAAGAUUUAAUAAAAUAUUCCCUUGACAAACCCUCUUUUAUAACUGUCCUGCUGCGAAACAUUGGAACUCAUGUGGAUCCAAUUAUGCUGAUUCAAAAGAUCCCAACAGGAAUGGAGAUUCCAGGAUUGAGAGAUUCUUUAGUCAAAAUCCUUCAUGAUUAUACAUUGCAGAUAUCUCUUAGAGAAGGAUGUAAAAAAAUUUUAGUUUCUGAUUGCUACAGUUUACUUGAAAAGCUUAACAAACUGCAGAAAAGAGGAAUAUUAAUCGGAGAGGAUCAAAUAUGCCCUUUGUGUGAAAGAAAGCUGCAUACAAAUGAUGUAAGACUAGGAAGUGAUAUUAUUGUUUUUAACUGUAAACAUGCUUUUCAUGAAGACUGUGUCCCUGUACAAACGGAAACUUGCAGUAUUUGUAGCGCUCAGAAGCGUGGCGCCCCUGAACUAAUGCCCGGUUAAAACUAUUCUUCUUUGUCAGCGCAACAGCCACUUGCAGGCCUUGGCAGCCUCAACAGCUGACAAAUGCCAGUGCCUCCUAUCCAUUUCAACUCCCUUCCAGUUUAGGUUAAAACUAUUGCCAUAAAAUAUAUUUUGAAUUCCGUUUAAUAUAUAUGCAUAUUGCACACAAAAACAAUUUGAUUGAAAUCUUUCUUAAACAUCUGCUUUAUUAUUUUGAAUUCCAUGACUUGUAGAAUGUGCAAUUAUAUUGAAUUAUAUAUAAAUUAUAUUGAAUGUGCAAAAUUUAGGUUAUUGUUUUGUUAUGGAUAGAUAUAUCAAACCUUUUUUGUUAACUGAAUUUGUUAAAUUAUAUGCUUAAGCUAUUUGUAAAUUAUUUGAUUUAAAUAUUUAUGAAUAUCGAAAGUAAUACUAUGUUGGUAAUUUUAUAACAAGUCAAAGCUAACUCAUAGAAUCUAAACCAAACUGUGAUUUUAUACCAAUUGUUUUAACAAAAUCUUUUUUUUCCAACAGUAAAAGUUGGGUUUAAAUAUAUAUAAAUAUUAAGAUUCAUUUAAGCAUAUAUGAAUAUUAAAGUAAUAUAAUGUUGACAAUUUUAUUACAAGUCUAAACUAACUUGUACAAUCUACAAGAAAUUGUGAUUUUAUACUGAUUCUUUAACAAAUUUUUUUUCCUACAGUAAAAGUUUUAUUUAUUCUUAAAAAAAAUGCCAUAACAUUUGUAUAGUGUACAAUUAAAUGUGUAUAUGUUGUUAAAUUAAAUUUAUUUUUCAAUUCUG